GGGGCGCGGCGACGGGGCGCGGCGGGCUCCCUCGGGGUCCCAGCGGGCCCGCACUCGGCGGCCGCGGCGCAAUGGAGGCGCCGGCCGAGCUGCUGGCCGCGCUGCCUGCGCUGGCCACCGCGCUGGCCCUUCUGCUCGCCUGGCUGCUGGUGCGACGUGGGGCGGCCGCGAGCCCGGAGCCUGCCUGCACGCCCCCGGAACCCGCGCCCCCGGCCGAGGCCACCAGGGCCCCGGCGCCGUCCCGCCCCUGCGCCCCCGAGCCGGCGGCCGCGCCCGCGGGGCCGGAGGAGCCUGGGGAGCCCGCGGGGCCGGGGGAGCCCGAGGAGCCCGCGGGACCGGGGGAGCCCGAGAACCCUGCGGGACCGGGGGAGCCCGAAGGGCCAGGGGAUCCCGCGGCGGCGCCAGCGGAGGCAGAGGAGCAGGCGGCGGAUGCGAGGCAGAAAGAGGAGCAGGACUUGGAUGGUGAGACGGGCCCAUCAUCGGCAGGGCCUGUGGAGGACGACGGAGAAGGCUUCUCCUUCAAAUACAGCCCUGGGAAGCUGAGGGGAAACCAGUACAAGAAGAUGAUGACCAAAGAGGAGCUGGAGGAGGAGCAGAGAGUUCAGAAGGAACAGCUGGCUGCCAUCUUCAAGCUCAUGAAAGACAACAAGGAGACGUUUGGCGAGAUGUCCGACGGCGACGUGCAGGAGCAGCUCCGGCUCUACGACAUGUAGACUGCGCCCAUGGGAUGCACAGUGGCCAUGCCUGACGCUGUCCCCAUCCCUGCCCCACACCCGUGUUCUUUCCAGACUUCUCUAGGCCUAAUUUGCCCUUAUAAACAUAGAUGCAGGCGUA